AUGAGCGGCGGUGGACAACGAACUUUAUUCCAGACGUGGGGAGCUAACAUCCCUCAAAAAGUUUCUCAGCUUAAAGACGCGAGGGAAAAAGUACCAGCCCAGCGAAAGGCAAACACAGCAAACAACAGCGCGCUAGCGAACGCUAAGAGAAUAGAAAAUGACAUCCCGCGCCCACCACAAAGUUUAUGGAGUGGAAUUGGCCAAAGCUCCGCCGUUGGUCAGCUGUCGAUGGAGGCAGAGGAGGAAGACGAUGAUGAUCUGAUGCUUGUGGCUGUGUACGAGGCUGAAAAAUCCCUGGAACAUGAGUCAGAAAAACACCAAGUCACCACCUGUGGUUCUGAAGACGUCUCGCACAAACAGCACGCGGAUCUACCGGGUUUCGACAGCUCAUCCGGCAAGAUAUGGAUAUACCCAACCAACUACCCGAUCAGAGAUUACCAGCUGAAGAUUUCUGAAGCAGCUUUGUUUCAGAACACCCUGGUCUGUCUACCCACUGGCUUGGGAAAGACCUUCAUUGCUUCUGUAGUCAUGUAUAAUUUCUACCGCUGGUACCCGUCGGGAAAAAUAGUAUUUAUGGCCCCAACGAAACCACUUGUUGCGCAGCAAAUUGAAGCCUGUUACAAAGUGAUGGGAAUUCCACAAGAACACAUGGCAGAGUUAACAGGGAGCACGCAGGCGCAGCAGAGACGGGAGUUGUGGCGGUCCAAGCGCGUGUUUUUUCUGACGCCUCAGGUGAUGGUCAAUGAUCUGUCUAGAAACACGUGCCCGGCGACCCAGAUUAAGUGCAUAGUCAUUGACGAGGCCCAUAAAGCCUUAGGAAACCACGCGUAUUGUCAGGUCGUAAGAGAACUGGCCAAUCAGACGCGGCAGUUUCGUGUCCUGGCGCUUAGUGCCACGCCCGGAGGCGAUAUUAAGGCUGUCCAGCAGGUUGUCUCUAACCUGCUGAUCUCUCACUUUGAGCUGAGGUCAGAGGAGAGCCUUGACGUGCAGCCCUAUUCUCACCACCGCAGACUGGAGAAGGUGGUCGUCCCCCUGGGAGAGUCCCUCUCCGGGUACCAGUCCCGGUACCUGCAGGUCCUGGAGAGGUUCACGGCCCGUUUGACCCAAAUGGGAGUUCUGUCACACCGUGACCUCCGCUCGCUCACGAAGUACCAGUUCAUUCUGGCCCGCGAUCAGUUUCGACGCAAUCCACCGCCUCACAUUGCGGGAGGACAGCAUGGUGUGUUAGAAGGGGAUUUUGCCUUGUGCAUUAGCCUGUUUCAUGGCUAUGAGCUGCUGCAGCAGAUGGGGCUACGAUCCCUGUUUCUCUUCACCCAAAACAUCAUGAAUGGAUCCAAAGAGUCCUCUCGGGCCAGGAACGAACUGCAACGCAACGCAAACUUCAUGGACCUCUACAGGGAGAUGGAGGCCAUUUUCAGCACAUCUCAACAAGGGCCUGAGAGGGGAUUUUUCUACAGUCACCCCAAACUGCAGAAACUGGAAGAAGUCGUCCUGCAGCAUUUUCAGACCUGUUCCCAGAGCUCAGACGCAAGCUCGGGUUCCCUGUCCCCGCCCCAGGGCGUGGCCACGCGGGUCAUGAUCUUCUCCUCGUUCCGCGAGAGCGUUCAGGAGAUUGCCGAGAUGCUGAACCGCCACCGGCCUCUCAUCAGGGUCAUGACCUUCAUGGGCCAGGCGUCGGCCGGGAAAGCUGUCAGAGGGUUUACCCAAAAAGAACAACUGGAGGUGGUCCAGAAGUUUCGGCAGGGUGGUUUUAACACGCUGGUGUCCACCUGCGUGGGCGAGGAGGGGCUGGACAUCGGGGAGGUUGACCUCAUCGUGUGCUUCGACGCGCAAAAGAGUCCGAUUCGCCUGGUCCAGCGCAUGGGCCGAACCGGCCGCCGAAGGCAGGGACGCGUGGUGGUCAUACUGGCAGAGGGACGAGAGGAGCGAACGUAUAACCAGAGCCAAAGUAGCAAACGCAGCGUUUACAAGUCCAUCGUGGGCAAAAAGCACAGCUUCCGCCUGUUCCCACACAGCCCUCGCAUGCUCCCCGAGGGCAUGACCCCCGCCCUGCACAAGAUGCACAUCACCUGCGGACAGUUCGAGGCCAAAGAGACCGGGCGGCGGUCCGCCAAAGGUCGGGAAUCCCGAACUCUCCUCCAAGCCCGGGGAUCUCUCCAGCAGGAGAGCGUGAGGGAUGACGGCUGUCUCACUCCGGCGGAGCACGCUCUGUGGACCGCCACCAUGAAGCUGGACGAGAACGAACCUCAGCCCGUAUUCGCACCCUCCCACUUCCUGUCGGUCGGCACAGAGAGCACGCCGCAGGAAGAGCUAAGGGCAGGCCCCACUCGGGAGCUGUGUCUAUGGGAGUGGAGACAUUGGCAAAACCAGCCACUCCCCACGUACAGAGUGGAGCACUCCGCUCGCUGCCUUCACUUCACCUCCAUUAUGGAGCUCGUCGACAACAUGCGUCAAGAGGAGGAGGAUGACUACCGGUGUGAGUCAGAGCUGAUGUCACAUUUACACAGAGAUGAUGAGGUGGGCCGUAAGGUGGGAGGUGGAUUUGGAAAGCCGACCGCUGGAGAAGCACCAAGAACCGUGAAGCCCGAAUGUACAUCGGUCUUAAAAAAACGCAGGUCUCCCAAUUGCUCACUGAACCUACAGAAGGUGGAUGAAAGACUUCAAAGUGAGAAAGAGAACGAAACCCCAGUUGCUCCCUGCACGUUGACAAAAGACCAUUUAGACCAAGAGAAACUCAGUAGCCCACCACAGAGCCCAAAAAACAACGAUCUGUUGAUGGAUGUAGACAUGGACUGUGUUAUGUUAACUGACGAGAAUGAAGACCCACAGUUUGCAUGGUUAACUCAAAGAGACCAGGCACCCGGUGGUCUCGGUGAUGGACAGUCUGAGAUUCAGGUCACUAACUCGAGCCCUGGCACUAGUGGUCAUCUCCAGACAGAGGAGGACUGCUUAGACCUGGAAAACAUGUUCUAUCUACCCAAGCAGCACGCUGGCCCAAAACUGCUCCGUUCCAGUGGAUCUACGGCAAGUCUGAAAGCGAUCCUGACCAGCGUUAAAGAGCUUCUGGCCAGAUCUCCGCCCCAGAGCUUAGACCCGAUCUGCUCUUUGGCUGAAUCGGAACCUGUGGUUCAGGCAAACGAGGCUUAUUCAGACCCACGGGAGGACAUCGAUCAAUUCAGGGUUGAUUUCGUCCUCAGGGGAGACGAUGACUCAAUGGACGGUUCCUCUGUGGACUCGGUGGCGGAGGAAGUCCCUCAGGACAAAUCAGGUGACCGCGAACCUCCUCAGCCGCCUGACCGAGUGCCUGGUAAUCUCCUCACAUCUCCUCACUCUGCUGCCAGCCCCAGCUGGGAGGAAAUCUUUGAGGAUGAAGUUCACGAGGAUCCGAAAGCGGACGGACAGCCAGAGGCGCCACCGGCGCGUCCGAAUCCCAACGUUCACGAAGGUCUCACCAGGCUGGAUGAGAGCGUCGAUUUGUUUGGGGACGACGCUUUCCUCCAGGUCUCUCUACCGAACAUCGAAACCCCAGACAAGGUCCCUGUGACCUUGAGCGACAGAGGGGAUACUGAGCCUAUGGAGCGGCCGAGACCUGAUGGAAAACAGGGAGAGAGAGGCACAAAAACAGACUCUCCCAAGGGACCGGCGAAAUGUAGUCCCGCGUCAGCGGAGAAGAGGGGGUCACGCGCGGAGAACUCCGAACAGUUCGACUGUUCCCAGGAUUUCUUCUCUGUGAACUUCAACCUUGGCUUUUCUUUUGACUCCGAAGAAGAAGAAGAAGAGGGUCCGACUGAGCCAGCCUCUGAGCUUUCUCACGCAUCGCGUCCUGAGACCGCGAGGGAGUCCGCGUCGGGGGCGGUGGAGGGGCACGACUCGGUCAACCGCUCUGCCGCUGGGUACGCCCGUGUCUCUACCCCCAAGCAGCGUCCGGCAGAGAAGAGGGAACGAUUGUCCCUGUCAGUGACGGCUAACGGUGACCCGCUGCGGUCGCCCGCUGUGAACGAACGUCGUAAGAUGACUACAAACCCCUCCGCUUCCACACCGAACCCCGUCAUCCGAGCUCAGGCCCUUCCCAGGGGCCUAGCGUAUAGUUCUCCCCAGCAGAGAACAGGAUGUGGAUCCUCGAGGGCUUCUCUGGCCCAGAUGGUGAAAGCUGUCCCUGACGGAGGUCUCAGGGCUGAUCUUUGUCAUUCAGGGUUUAUGAACAGCGACAAUGAGGAGGAGGUUAUCGCCGUGAAGCGAGGUCAGCGCGGUGAAACUAACCCUCUUUCCUCCCCAGAGCAGUCAAAGAUCUUCAGCGAUGUCGAUUCGCCCGUCCAGGUGGCGCGGAAACGAGUCGCUGCACUGAACACGUCAGAGGAGAGUGGGGGAGAAUCUGUGUCUGACGAUGACUUUCAGAUUAUCUCCGUAUGGAAUCCCAGACAGCCACCGGUCUCUAAACCCUGCCUGCAAAAACCAAAGAAGGCGGCCCGCGGAAACGUGAGGUACUUCCUGGACGAGGAGGCGGAGCUGUCGGAGGAGGAGGAGGACGACUCGGUCUCGUCAGACGAAGAUGACGGAGAGGAGCAGAACCGGACCCUGGAGGGCUUUGUGGUGGACUCCACCCAGUGUUCUCAGGGGCUCGACGACUCUGAAAUGCGGGGGAUUUACCUGAAGUCGGUCAGGAGUCCAGCCGCCGCCAGGUUCAAAAUGCCUCGCAAACCCACUCACAGAAUGGACAUCUUCUCUCAGGUUCCGGAGCAGGAUGAGUCGUACGGGGAGGACAGCUUUGUCGUCCACGGCAGCGAGGAGGAAGAGGAGGGGAGCGACGAUGAAGACGAAGGCUCAGAGGAAGAGGUGGUGGCAGACGUCAUUCUGGAAGACUCUUACGUCGACGGGAGGAGACAGUAUGCCACGCGACGGAGGGCUCGGCUAAAGCAAGCCGGGAUUGGCGGAGGGAGGAGGCACGCCCCCGGAACGCCCACGGUCAGGAAAACCAAACGAUCGCGGAUUAUCCGGAUGGAAGAUUCCAGUGAGGGAGAGGAGGAUGGUGAGGAAAAGAGGAAGAGUCCGAGGACUGAUGUCGCUCCAGUAGCUCCUGUUGGACCAACGGAGCAAAAGAGUGAACCUGUCUUUAAGACUCCGCAGUGUCCGAAACUCUCCAGCCACAAGAAGGCAGGACCGGUAACCGGCCAAUCAAAACUGGCCGAGCAGGAGGGGCGGAGCCUGCGGAGGCUCAGUAACCAAGCCCUACUGUCUGACGAACUGGACUUUGAGGAGCUCCCAGCUGCUUCCUCUCAUGGCGACAAAACUGAGAAUCAGAAUGAUUCUAAGCAGGACUCUGCUGCAAGACCUCUCGCUGCUCCUGCUGUCGCUCCAUCAGCUGCUCCGUCAGCGGCUCUGCCAGGCGGGCUGUGUGUGCUGGUGGACAGUCGCUGCAUCACAGGCGGAGCGGCGGUGGUGUCCUGCCUCCGUCUGCGGCAUGGCGUGACCGCGCAGGUGUGCUCGCUGGACGGCUGCGACUUCGUGGUCAGUAACCGUAUGGGUGUGGAGUGGCAGGCGCAGGCGGAGUUAGCCAGCACGCAGAACCGCAAGCGGCUACAGGAGAGGGUGCAAAGCAUGCUGGGACUUUACGACAGGGUCUGUCUCAUUGUGGAGAAAGACAAUGUGAAAACUCGAGACGCUCGGCAGCCUUUCCAGCGUACCCGUUACUAUGACAACACCCUGGCCGGCUUGGUGCGGGCGAACGUCCGGCUGCUGGUCAGCGAGGGGCCGGAGGACACCGCCUCCCUGUUGGCUGAGCUGGCUCGCGUGGAACAGAGGAAAGGGCAGGCCAUCGGCGUUCCCACGGAGGUUAAAGGUCAUCGUCAGCAGGCGUUGCAGUUCUACCUCACGCUCCCCUGCGUGAGCUAUGUGAAUGCCCUCAACAUGUGUCAGAACUUCCGUUCUGUGGCUCAGCUGGUCAGCAGCUCGGUGGAGGCCCUGCAGGCUGGUGCAUGCAUAAGCCGUUCCAGAGCAGAGGAGAUCUACCGCAGCCUGCGUUACGACUGCAACCCCUCGCUAAUGUCCACAAAUACAAAUAAAACCAGCAAGUGCGGUAGUUGA